AUGGCAAUACGACCUCGCCCAACUGAAAAGACCCCGAUACUAUCAUUACCACUUCAAGCUAAGCUAUGGCGUAUACUCUCACACGCACAAACGGGGGUUAAGGUAAAUAACAUAUUGGCGGGUCUGGGUAGUGGCGUAGCUUCCCAUUCAUUGCAAAUAAUUGAAGCAAAUAGUCCUCAACGGUAUGAUUACGGGGAUGAUAUAAUGAAUUUACAAAAAUAUGGGUCCGUAACACCACCUUGUUACGAUAUAUCGGCCAUAACUUCGACUAAUAUAGCGUUCAUAUACGCGGCCAGCGAUUGGAUAGUACCGGUGCCUGACGUACGGAAUAUAAUACAUCAUUUGAAAGUGCCAUUACUAGAUGAUUAUUUGGUACCGGACCACACGUGGAAUCACAUGGAUUUACUGUGGGCCAGGGAGGCUGGUCGAUAUGUGAAUACUAGGGCUCAAAUUAUAGAGUCCCGGGGCUUUCGGGCUGAAAACCAUUACAUAACUACCGGUGAUGGAUAUAUACUGUCAUUUACCCGGAUAGUCAACCCUCACGUCACCGACCGCUCAAAACUACGGCCCAUAAUAUUACAGCAUGGCUUUCAGGCCAAUGCCGACAUGUGGCUCAUUAACUCCAUGGGAAGGCUCACCGAUAAGGGCCAGUGGGUCGAGGAUAACAACAACGGCCCGGUAGGCAAUACCCUGGGCUUUGUAUUGGCAGUCAAUGGCUAUGACGUCUGGUUGGCUAAUAUGAGGGGAAAUAUAUAUUCACAAAAUCACACUAAAUUUAAAAUUGAUGAUCCAAGAUUCUGGAGGUUUUCUGUCGAUGAGAUGAUUGAUUACGACUUACCGGCGAUGAUAUCAUACAUACAAAAGGAGACCCAAAAAGCUAGUCAACCACAAUACUCCAAUAUAAUUGAACCGGCUAUAUUAAUAGCAACUGUCCCAUUUCUUGGUAACACCACAACACCGAACUCGGAUACACCAUUCCUAUUGGUUCCUAAAUUUAGGAAAUCAUUGGGACACCUGUGCGACUCGUCAUUUAUAUCACGAUAUAUUUGCUACACAUUUAUCAAGUUGACAUUGGGAUUUCAACAGGAUCAGUGGGAUUUUACUCGAACAGGUGUUUACAUAUCAACAAUGAUUUCGGGCUCCAGUAGUCGGAACGUUGAGCACAUCCAUCAAAUUAUUAAUGCAAUCCGUUUUCAACGUUAUGACUACGGGGAUAAUGAGACAAAUACCCAAAAAUAUCAGUCCCAGGUACCCCCACCCUAUGAUAUGUCCGCAAUUAACUCAACUAACAUAGCGCUCAUAUAUACGGCUAAUGAUUGGAUGAUUACUUUACCGGACCUACAAAAACUUAAGGGUCAUCUCAAAGACGAUUAUAUGGUACCUGAGCUGACUUGGAACCAUAAUGAACCAUUGUUGGGCAGGGAAGCAGGGUUAAAUUAA